AUGCCAUCCAUACGAAGUGAUAUCUUGCGCAAACAACUGGCGUGGAUGCCUAAAGUGUGGCUUGCUGCUCUAAAAGCGCACCGACGGGCGGCUAGCUAUGAGAUAAUUGGUUUCGAGCUCACAUCCCCCGAUUCCCUGGAACUACCCGCCGAGUUCCAGAGCUUGACCGGAAUGGAGUACUUUUAUGCCUCACGUGGUCCGGCUAACACCGACGAAGGUAUUCAUAUCCAUAAGCCAGACCUAGAUCCUCGCCUGGUCAAAGCAGAUCUACUUCCAAACAGCUGCACCAACGCUGUCUACACUUUCUGGCAUAUCAUGCAUCGAAUUCUGGGUAUAGAUCCCGACUUCAGUGGCAUACAUUGGAUGCGCCGAAAUCCGUAUCCAAAGUUUGUGACAUUUGAUAUCGAUGAUAUCGAGAAAAUCACGGCAUGCAGUCAUGACUUCUUCCUUAUCGCUUACCAAGGCAACGAUAGAUUUGUUGUAGAUUUCACGGGCGCGCAAUUCGGCUGGGAAGAGUGGCUGUACACAGAGAAAGACUACGAAAAAAACCUGCUGCCAUGUACACUGGACCUCAAGCCUAUCGAGGCCGAAGAAGAGAUUCUCAUUUACAACGAAGAAGAAGAUGGGGCAGUGAUAUUGAUAAAAGAGGCCAUCGAGAGAUGCGUAGAAGAAGCUGAAGCUCAAGUGAUCGCAGGAGAAGGAGCGGACACAGUGUAUGAGAAGCUGGCAGAUCGCGUAGGAAAUGCCGUAUUAGAGGCACUGAAGAGGCGGAAAGACUCUAUGGAGGAAGGAGUUGAAUCUACAUAA